AUGAAUAAAAAAAAAUCACAAGAAAAAAGUAAAGAUCAAGAAGAAUUAUUUUCUAGUUUAGAUACAGAACAAGUAUCAAAUACAAAACAAAUAUCAGAUACAGAACAAGUAUCAGAUACAGAACAA